CGGGGAAAAUGGCGGUUACCAUGAAUUGAAAAGUGUUCACAACAAUUUUGAUGCUGUUUUCCUGUCUAAGGUUAAAAUGCGACCGGGGUUUGAGCCUCACCAUGUCUCAGCUGUGAAACCAUUUCAGCUGUCAACAUUAGCAUGUUUAGAAGAUCAGCCGGCUGGUGCUUUUUCCGGAGUGUCAAAAGAUGGCAAGUGUGGGUGGAUUGUGAGGGGAGCGUUGCUAGAGGUGGUUGAUGUCUCCACAGGUAAACGUCUGGCUGCCUGGCAGUUUGGGCGUAUCCUCAGUGAUGAACACACCAAUGUCACAUGCGUGGAGGAGUUUGGGGUGGGUCAGACAUUGAAGCUGCUUGUAGGAGUUUGUAAUGCCUCGCCAGUUGGCCUGCUGUGUGUAUUUGAUGUUUCUCUGUCCAAAGUGAUCAAAGCUGUUGAAAUACCACAUCCCGUUACAGAGGUUGAGGUAGUGUCUACAUACACAGCAAGCCACGUGCCAAGAUGGGCUCUCAGCGAACAUCUUCGUUAUUUCUGUGGACUCGUGGCUGUUGGAACUAACACAGGAAAAGUCUAUCUUGUUGACAUGUGUACAGAUGAUAGUGAAUUUUUCUCAGAUGAAGAAGUUCCAAGCAAACUACAUUUUAUCUCUCCACGUAUCAGAGACAUAGAGAACCAAAGGUUUCAUUGUAUGUCUCAAGGCCUACAUCUAGCUAUGACACUCAAUGAGAGUAUGAUAAACAGAAAUGGAUUUGAGUACCAAAAGCCAGAUGGACUGGUUAUGAAAACAUUCCGUACAGACUGUGUCACAGUUUCCUGUCUCAAGUACAUUCCUCAGACAGGUUUACUGGUUGUAGGUUUUAGCUUUGGCUGCUACCAGCUGUGGAAACUAAACAUUCCAGUUUUAGAGUACAGUAGUAGACUUGAGCCGGAACCCAUGCCAGUUACGCAUGUAACGUACCAGGAACCAGAAAAUGAUCCCAAAAAUUUCUGCUAUAUCUGGAUUGCCAGGGGACAGAAGGAGAAUGAAGAUCAGGGGUUGGAGUCUGUAAGCUGUAUAUCCAUGUAUCAGCUGGCCUUUAAUCACAAGAUUUAUUACAGUAACUAUGGUGUAUACUAUGAAGAACUGACAUCUGUUUGUCUUCGGUUGGAUCAUGAACUCACCUCCAAACUUGUACAGUUUGGUACAAAUUAUGACGGUGGAAGUCGUGUGGUCUCAUGCUACACGCUAAUGGAUCCACAUUAUCAAGCACCCACUAAAUUGGAUGAAAAUGAAUCAUUUGAAGAGAGUAGCCCAGGUCCAGACCUAAGUCUGUGUGUAUUUGUAUGGGAGGCGACAGAAGGAAACCUAUCCUCUAAAGUUGGACGUCAUCUUGCUAUAUUUGACAUCAACAGAUGGUAUCAUGCUCAGAUGCCUUCAUCAAUCAGAUAUGCAAGUGGAUCUACAGACACAUGUGCGUACUUUUGUUCAUGUCGACUAGACGAGGCAGCUGAGAGGGCAGGCAAUGACAGCUUGUUGAUGGUACAUGUGAGUGCAGACAGACUGAGGAAAUUCAGCAACAACUCCCCUGUUCCACCAGAUCAAUACUUCUACCCUGCUUCUCUAGCUUUCAAUGUUUCUUUGAUAUUUGAGACUGGAAUAGUUGAAGCCCAGUUCCUUGGUUCCCAGCGUCAGGUAUUGGCAAGUAUGGAGACAAAGGGACCCAGCACUCUCAUACAACCUCUAGAUCUCUAUAACCUGUGUGUACAUGUCGGCUUGCUACCUAGGCCUGUAGAUAUUGUAUCAAGCAAUCCAAAUAUGGUUGCUAAGAGAGAAUUACUGCUAGGUCUGGCACUAGAGUAUAACAUGAUCAGUUUCCUGAAGACAUGUGUCACAACCUGGGCAGCAGGAGAAUACGAGAAUCAAGGCUGUACAUUGAAGUUCUUGCUGGACUGGGCAUGGGAAAUGGUCUCCAGUACAAAACACAAGAUUGAUUCAAUCUGUGUUACCCUGUAUAACUACUCUGGGUUGAAUCUAGAUCAGCGUUCCCUGCAGACACUGGUGUUAUGUAAUCAACGACUUGCACACCUUGUGUCUCUCUUCAAGACAUUCCUUACACAGACUGGGCCUAUCACAGAGCAAGGAGAGGCGGAGUUACAGAGUAAGAUACUAGUGACCAGUCUGCUGUCACAACACCUCAGUGUAGUUCUCUGGUUUGUAGGAGCAGGACUUCUACCCGAGGAUGAUGACACUGAGGUAACUCUUGGUGGACUUUACUGUUACCCGGCAACCAGUCUGAUGACAGCUUACAAAAAUAGGAGAACCGAGCUGCAGAAUAUACAUAGUGAAGUAGAUGAGACAAACAUGCUGAUGAUAGACGGGCUGGUGGAGACAAUGGGUGUACAGGAUGUGUGGGAGAGAGAAGGAGGCACUGGUCUAUAUCCUCCACCUAGCUUACAUGCAUUGUUAUCAUCAUACCUGCUUGAGAACUGUGAUAUGCUGUCUAAACACUGCCUGGUUCUCUACCUACUCCUAGACUUGGUGUCUGUUGACAGCUCUGAUGAAAACGAAACAUUUUCAGAGAAAGUGAGUGGAUUUGCUCGUAGAUUCAACCUACCACAGACACUAGUGAAGUUAAUGCAGGCGUUCUGGUUGCUUGACCACAGAGAUUUUGAGGAAGCAUUAAGUUUGAUGUUGGACCCGAUGGUGAGGGCGGAGUUCAGCAGGUGGCAGCACAAGAGGAUUAUCAAGGCAUUGCUGUACCAAGGUGAUGCCAAGAUGGCCCUCAGGUACAUCACCAGCGUACAGCCUGCCCUGACAACACCGGAGGAGGUGAAACUGAAACUGACAGUUCUGCUGGCUAAUGAGUUGACAGCAGAAGCAUUGGAGUAUCAGAGGAUGUGUCGAGACAAGAACAACAUGAAUGAUCUACUCUCUCAUCUCUUCCUCGGCUGUCAACAAACUAAGACAGUUGGCAGAUUGUUACAGUUACCAUUAACCAAUGAGGAGGAGACAACUCUUGUAGACUAUCUGCUUGAAAGCUCGGAACCUCACUCGCAAGAGUUACUGGUCAUGCAUUAUCUACAGAGGGCAAGAUUUGUAGAGGCCAUACAGCUGAAUGAGAAAUUGAAACAUUCGGUUUUGACUGAGGCAAGCUCGAAGGCUCGGGAGAGGGCUGCUGCUCGUAAUGCUAUAGUUGACAGUUACGCUGGUAUUCUUCCUCAUGUUCAACGAAGACUAAUGUUUGAGCAAAUACAUGUACCCAAGAAAAAUAUACAGUGGAGACGGGAAGUACGUCGACCAACACCACUGUCAACAAAGGUUACAAAGAACAAGGCUAAAGCGAUGUCACAGUCAGCAUUUAUUAUGGCAAUCAUGGAGAAACUGGACGAAAUAGAAACUGAACAACCACAGACUGAAGUGUUUGAUAGAUCUGUAGGACCGUUCAUCUGUACUCCAGUUACACCUGCCAGAAGGUCACAGAGGGACACACCAGCAACAGUGUAUCCAGAAUCUGCCAGUAAUAUCAGUACAAGCGCUGGUCUUACACUCAACAAGUCAUUGACCAUGUUUAACAACACAGACACCCCAACUAAGGCAGGUGAUAGGACAAGUCGAUUUUUCUCUGCGAGUUGUUUGUCAAUGUUACAAACACCAUCAGUGAAGAGAGUUACACCCAAGAAGAAUAGAAUGUCCUCAACCAAUGCCAUCACUCCACAGUCUAUAUUGAAAGUGCGUAACAUGAUAGCAACAACAUCUCCCAGUCCACACAGUGCCAGCACCACACCAAACUCACAAGAACUGGAAGGCAGUAGUAAGAAAUUGCCAAGGAAACUAGGAUAUGGUGCAGGCACCACACCACUGUCAAGUAUACCUCGUCAUUUGGCAGGGGAGAGAAGUCAGCCAGGAUCACAGGCUUCAUCACCAAAGUCUGUAUCUUUCCUUGAACCUUCCUCGCCAGAGGUCCAGCCAGUAAUCACCCCAAGACAGAGCCGCGUGUCACAGCCAACCACCCCCAAAUUUGUCUCAUUUUUGGAUAAAUCUAUGCAGUCAGCUUCCAAACUACAGCCCCUGUCUACUCCUAAACAGCUUCGGUUUUCACAGUUAGAGAUAUCAAGGCUUCAGGGAUCCUCAAAGCAAGCCUUGCCCAAGUCUCCGACACAAGAAAGUCCAAGAUCCGUCAGAGAUAGAAGUCCAACACCUGAGAGCAGUGAAAAGUCUCCCAAGUUCGCUGACAACCUCGAUCAGUUACAGAGACGUCCCCUCCACACUCCACCUAAAGAUCAGCCAGUAGAUGCACCAGCUGAAGAAGAAAAUCCACCAACUGAAACAGAAGAUGAUCUUGUACUACGUUUAGAGCAAAGUGAUGAUGAUAUCAGUGAUGAGGAAGUUGAAGAGAUGGAAGAGAGUUACACAUCUGGCAUUGCCUCGUCUGUGUCAGGAGAUGUUUCCAUAUCCUCCGUAGCUACAGUCAGGGAGCAGAUCGAUCAGCCAGAUUCUCCUCUUGCUCUCAGUCCUCAAAAAUCCCCAACAAAAUAUCCAUCCUCACCAACAGUCAAAGUUUCAAAAUCACCAGUAUCUGUGUUCACUUCUUCUACUGAGCAUGCUCAGUCAGAAAUUACAUCAACUGAGCAUGCUCAGACUGGUUCUUUGCCUGAAAAUGUUGAUGAUCAGACUGGGUCACAGGAUGUUCAUAUUGAUUUAACAGCAGAAGAUGAAAUGGAAGUUGAACAGUCAGAAAAAGAUAUAGAACAAAUUGAUGUUAAAAACACUACAGAAAUAUUUGAAGAGUAUGAGGAGAUAAAUCCUCCAGCUGAAAUAGAAGAAAUGGAGACUGUGUCAUCAAGUGCUGAUGAAGCACCUUUAAACCAGUCUGUGAAACAGGAAGUUGUAGAUGAGCCUUUCACAGCUCCACCUGAACCAGUCCGACACUUAGAGCCACCAGCACCACCUGUUGGUGGCAGUGAAGAUCAGGGUUCUCCAUUGUCAGUAAAGAGUCUGAGUCCACCAGCACAACAGAAGAGUCCUGUUUUCAAAAUGAAAGACUCACCGCCAGACUCUGACUAUGGUGUACAGUCAACUUCAGUUGAGAGUGAUCUCUUGAAAAAAUCUUCCCCAGCAUUUAUAGAUAACAUUAUGACUGAAAUAAAUGAUAAAUUUGGCGAAUCGCCAAUAACUGAAGAGACUGAUCUUAAAUACAAAGCUAAGUUGGAAUCUGAGGAUGAAAAUACAGAACAUAGAAAGACCACUAGAACAAGACGGAAAUUUGAUUUGUCCCCAGUAAAGAUGGAGCAGGAGCCAACAACCUCGUCCAUGGGAACAGGGCAUGAAGAGGCAGAGUUACCUGUUCAUUCUGAAGCUCCAGUAACCCCCACUAGGUCCUCACGAAGGGCCAAAAAGUUAGGGAGUGAUGAAGAAGAAGCAUUGACACCAAGUCGCUCUACAAGAGGUAGACAGAAGAAAGAGGCAGAGGCUUCGCCAUCACGGCAACAAGAAGCUGUGACUCCGACAAGGUCAUUACGUCACCGUCAGAAAAAGGAAGCUGAGACACCAACUCGUGAGGCAAAACAUACAGAGGAAAUUGUGACACCUAGCAGGUCAUCUAGAAGAAAAACGCUGAAAACUGAAGCAAAGCCUGAGGAAAAUUUGGUAGAAGUUACAGCAAAGUCACCAAAACCGUUCAGUCCAAAGGCCAGAGAAGCAGUGCAGGAGUCUCUUAUACAGAUAUCAGAAGAGUUGAAGGAAAGAAUGGCAUCACCACCUGGCAAGAUGACCAGAUUAAAAGAUAAAGCUGCAACUUCGCCAGCCAGAACACCAACACGAUCAAGAAGAGGUGAUAAAGAAGUGCUUACUCCAACCAGAAUGUCUACAAGGUUAGGAAGUAGGAGCGAAGACACAGACAAUGAUGAAAAUGCUCCUGUGACACCUGGUAGAUCAGACAGGAGCCAGACAACUAAAGGUGUUUCACCUGCAAAGAAAUCUAAAAAAGCUGCUACCCCUAAACGAGGUCAAAAGAAAAAAGAGGAUGCAGAAUUAAACUCUCCAGCUAAAAAUAAAAAUGACAAUAGAUCAGUUUCCCCAUCAGGGGAGGAGAAAGAAAUUGUUCAAAGUGCUCAUAUUAAAAGAACUCCAACUAGGGGACGGCGUAAACAAGAGGAAUCCAUCAUAGAAGUCAUAUCCACUGUUGAACCAAAUACACCAUUAAGGAAGUCAAAGGGGCAAGAAGAACAUACUGCUGAAUCCAGAAGAGAUAGUUUUGGUAGAUCUGAAAUUCCAGUAGAAUUUGAAGAUAUAGAAAAUGUAGAAAAUACACCUUCCAGAAGGGAAACAUUAUCGCGAUCAUGUAAAAAAAGUGUAAUAGACAAUGAAAUUGCAAAAACUCCUACACGGCGCCGAAGUUUGGGACGUGAAGUAGACAGUAGUGAAAUAAGUACAAAAACUCCACCACGUCGACGGAGCUUAGGUCGCGAUUCUAAUAUCAGUGAAGAAUUCAAAAGUGAAAAAGUAACUACACGUCGACAAAGUUUAGGUCGUGAUAGUAAGUUGAAUGAAGAAUUAGUCAGUGUGAAAACUCCAACACGUAGACAAAGUUUAGGUCGUACUGAUAGAUUAAAAGAUGAAAAAAUGUCAGAAGAAGAUGCUCAAAAGGAAAUAAAAUCAGAGGAAACUGAAAAGCAGACACCAUCUAGAAGAGGUCGCCAAAAGAAAACUGAAGAAUCUGUGAAUGAAACAGAGAAUGACGCUAAGGUGAAAACACCUCGAAGGGGACGGGGGAAAAAAGUGCAGUCGGAAUCGGAAGAAAAACUUGCAGAUACGAAACAGGAAGAAUCUAAAAAUAAGAGAAGAAAACAAGAAGACAGUGGAUCUCCAGCAGCUCAUACAAGAAGUCAUGAUACAGAUAAGAAAAGUGGAGAUCUUUCCACAGCUACAGAUGUGUAUGAUAUACAAAGUAGCAGUUUCCAGUUCUCUAAUCCUAUGCUAGUGGAUACACCAGAUUCAGAAGCGCCAAAGCCAUUUACACCGAUGAAGUCGUUUAUUUUCUCGCCACCCAUCAGUCAUACACGAUCUGUGAUCAAGGAGGAAGCAGAGAAAGGAAUACUCCUGCCCCCAGGACCAGCCGUUAAACAAGUUACAGAGGAUCAAGAUACUAAACCAGAGAAAAAGACCAAAAGAAAAACAAAAAGGUUAUACAAGGAGAGAGAGGAAAUUUUGCUGAUAAGCCCUAUGCAGGGGGAAAGUGAUUCUGGCGAGGAGGGGCGGGGCAUCAUGACCCGCACAACACGUGCAGCAUCAAAGAAAGUACAAACUAAGAAAGACGGCACAAAACUUCUGCUACAAAGUUUGCCAGGUGUAGGACGUAGAACAAGGACAAGCCAUAGGUUUGGACCUGUUGGACAGAAAAAAUCAGAAAAGUGAUUAACAUAUGUGUUCAUAUAUUUUAAGGAAAAUUUCAAUUGAGUAAAUUGAUUAUUGAUUUCGUAAGAGCUCAAAGAUCGUUUAUGCGUAAUUUUCCAUUUUUAACGAGUUUGACUGAAAAUUUAUACUCCAGUUCAAAGAUAACUACUGUCAAGAAAUUAGGCUAUGUGAGACAGGAAGAAGUUGUGAGAUAUUGAAUGUCUAUUGACAUGUGCAUUAAAUGCUUACAAUAAUGAUAGAAAGGGAAUGAUUAAUUUAUUCAGUGUUUAUUGUGUAAAAAGAAAAGUAAUAGUCUGAUAAAUUAAUUACUUCUUGAAUUGGUAAUAAUUGUUAAUAAUUCUAUUUCGAAAUUUGAUAUGCAUCCACUAGCUAAAUUAAAAGCAUUAAUAUAGAGCAGCAAAUUGUAUUGUAUUCAAUAGAUGACAUUCAAAAAUAACUUUAGAAAACAUUUUGUUUCACUGCCACAUUUUACAGAUAUUAAUGUUUUCUUUUGUAUUCACAGAUAUAUUUCAGUACAGAUUACUUUACAUCAGGGUGCUCACGUUUUGUAUUAGAAUUGUUAAAUGUCAUUGUUAAUUAUCAUGAUUGCUUUUUGGAAAUAAAAUAAUAUAUCUUGCUUCU